AUGAACAUGAACGAGCCCUUGUCCAAAGACGUCCAGGGUGAAGAGGGGGAUAAUAACUUCUCUUCGGAUGGCAAGCCCGGCUCUUAUGAUUCUAACUCUAACUCCGCUCAACGCAAAAAGUCCUUCAGUACUACAAAACCGACUGAAUAUAACUUGCCAAAGGAACAGCCAGAAUCAACGGCUAAGAACUUGGAAACUAAGGCGAAGAACAUUCUUCUGCCUUGGAGGAAGAAGCACAACAAGGGCUCGGAAAACUUAGCCACCGACACUGAUGUCAGCCCUAACAGUGGUCCCGAUACAAACGUAACAACGUCUGAUAUGAGUUCUGCCCCUACUGGCCCUGAGUUUGGUGCAGGCCCUCAUGUCACUACUACUCACAAGUACUCUCAUGUCAAGACAACAACACCGGCCUCUACACAUGAGCAUCCCAAAGUUAAAACCACCUCUCCCAAUAUCCAUGAACAAACCAAGGUCGGCACUGGCCCCUCCGGGGCUACCGCCAUGCAUACUCACUCCAAUAUCAAAACUACGUCUCCCACUAGUCAUGAACAUUCUAAGGUAAGUUCUGGACCCAUCGGCACUACGGCCAUGCACGGUCACUCCAAGUUGAAGACUGCUACGUCUCCCGCUAGCCAUGAGCAAUCUAAAGCCCGUGCAGGUGCUGCCGGUGCCACUUCUACGCAUGGUCACGCCAGCGUGAAGACUACGCAUUCUGCUGCCCAAGGACACGCCAAUGUUAGCACUGGUCGGAAUGCUACAGCCAAUACACACGGACACACCGAUGUCAAACACAGUGCCUCAGUUCCUCAAGAGCGCUCCAGUACUGACCAUGACACCAUUCCUGGCAGCUUCCGAGACACAACAGGUACUGGCCUGAGCGCUGUAGAUCCUAGUGUGUAUACGGAAACAAGUCCAAGAACGUAUCCUAGUACGACUACUGGCCCUCCACAGGAUACUAUGAGAGAAAUUGCUCAAAAGGUUAAGAUGGACGAGAGUCAACAAACUGGUUUGAAGAAUGACCAAAUUUCCGGGUCUGAUGUAACUAGAGGACAAACUAUGGAUCCUAAGUACAGAGAUACUAUGGGUGCUAAAAGUGAUUUACCAAGCCAAGAACCUCCUAGUUAUGAUGAUAACAUGAAGAACGUGCAAUAUCCCGAAAAGACAAUGGCUGAACAGCAAACUAUCUCUGAAAACGCCGCUGAAAAAUUCAGGAGUGAAAGGGAUGAUAUUUUGGGUUCAGGUGACCAUUACCAGGAUAAAAAUGCCAAGUCUAAGGUAGCUUCCGGUUGGAGUCCAAUUGAGUAUAGUACUACUGCUGAUGAAAACAAGAACCUGCAGAAUGUUGUUGUACCUCGUGAUAUGAGCGAUCGCUCCCACGAUGAUACAACUGUACCUCCCCCAAAAUCCGACUUUUCGGACACAAAAUGGAGACCCUUAGAGAGUGACAAUGGCUCAGGUACCAAAAACAACUUGCAGCACGUUGUCAGUUCACAAGGCGCAAGUACCAACAUCUUCAGUCGUAAUGAGGGGCAAAGCUCGGGCGCUGCUAAGAAUACAGCUCAAAAUAUCGUUAUGCCACCUCCUAUGAAGGAUGAAGACUUGAGUAAGGACUAUCCGAAGACCACUGCUACGAAGCCCAAUGAAUAUGGGUUGGAUUAUUUGGAUGACGUUGAAGAUUAUAAUGAGCAUGAUAUUAAUGAUUAUCCAAACGCAAAUGAUGAGGGUUUGGCGCAACACCAAGAAAAGCCAAUGAAAUACAGUCAUUACGAACGCAAGGAGCAAAUCCCAGGUGCCUUCAACGUUGAUACAUUCUCAAACGCAAUGAAAAGGAAAGGUGAGGAGGGCCCAUUAUCCUCAAAGCAGACAACUCAUCCUGCUGAGAUGGAAGCUGAGGGAGGCGCAAACUUAGGGAAGUAUGAAUUCUCCAAUUUGUCUAGCAACAACAAACCGACUGAUCUGAACAAAAAUAAUUCAGGUCCAACACCAACACGUUCUAACCUUAUUGAUCAAAUUGAACCAAGAAGAACCAAAACUACGGAAAAUAUUACUUCAAAUGCCGGGAACACCAAUGCUGCAGAAUUAGGCAGCAGUGGAAACGUAGACACUGCAAAGACAGGAGGAAUAUGGGCUAAGAAUUUCAAUUCCACCCCUUUUGAUAAUACUAAAACUGUAGGCGCCCAUCCUGAAAACUCUGAUGUCACCGCAUUUGAUAAUACUGGAACCACAGACACCGCAUACGCCAAAUCGAGAAACGCGGACACCGCAGCAUACGACAACACUAGAAACGCAGAUACGGGGUACACUCAAUCGGAAAAUGUUGGUACCGCGGAUUUUGGUUCUACUACAACUGACAAAUCAGAAAAUGUUGUUGGCACUCAAGAGAGACCAUCAGAAGAACAGACUGCUUCAGCCCACGAUUCCUCAGGUAGAGAACACUUCAGUGAUCAUGAUAUUGAUGUGAACAAGAACACAAAGGUCCUAGACGAGGAUGCAUUGGGCCACAAACAUGAAAUGGAGUCGAGGAACAAGCACAGAACCGAUAUCGGAGACACAGACACUGCAAACACCUACGCGGCCGAAGUGGGUAAUUUCCCAAGUUUGAUUGAUCCUCAUGUCCCAACUUAUGGAUUUAAAGAUGCUGCGACUUCUCAAAAUCAGGCUUUGCCAUCUCAAUCCGAGGCUACUCCUGCGCAGACUACAGACUACUCGAUUCACAAUGAGACCACCUCUCAAGGCAGAAAAGUUUCUGUGGGCUCGAUGGGCUCUGGCCAUUCAAAAGACCAUCACAGUCACCAUCACAAUAAACAGAAUUCUUCAAAAGGGUCUGACUACGAUUAUGAUUCAAAUUACUCAGCAGAGCACACUCCAAGACAUCAUCCGCACGAACAUGCUGAGGGUGAACAUGAAUACGAAGGCGAAGAGCAAGGUGAAGAACACACUGGUAAGCAGAGUUUCAUGGGCAGGGUAAGAAACAGCAUUUCUGGUGGGACUUUUGGAUUCAGAAGUGAAAUUUAA